GCGGAUUGUUUCAACGAAUUCGUUAGCAAGGCUCCAACCAAGUUGGGUCCAUGUCUGAUGAUUUUUGGUCCCUGGGGACCCUGGCCCCACUGCUCUUCCUGGGCCUAGAGGACCUAGGACGUGUUGAGGUCUGUAGCCGUGAGAUGUGGCAACGGUGCAGCCACUGCUGGCGCCAGAAGUGUCAGCAUGUGGCUGACCUCUUUGCAGCAACCGUGGAGGUUUCUUCUCUCCCCUCACUUUCGCGAGAGUUGAAACUGGGCCUUGCAUGUCUGACUGCGGGGCUGGAGCUGGAUGCUUCGAAAUUUCAGACGCUUCAGCUUCAAACCUCCAACGUCAUUUGCCUUGGACGGAAAGUCUUGAAACUUCGGAGCCAGGGCUGCCGAGGCGACCAGAGAAGGAUUUUGUUGAAGUGCCUCACCAUGGCCACCAGGCAAAGCAAGCAAUCCUUGGCGCGUGGCUCCAUGGUCAUCACUGUGGAAGAGGAGAUAUUUGAACUCCAAGUUGAGUGGAUGGAUGCAUCGGUCUUUCUGCGGCUAGCUCCACAGCGUGAGCCUGAUGGACCGCAGCAACCUUCAACUCGGUCCGUUUUGAUGGACAUCCUUCAUGUUUCUACACCGCCCUUUCUGCAUUCUUUGAGCCUCAGCGUGAGUGCUGAUUCAAAGUGGCGAAAAGCUGGCUUCAGCCCUGGACUGAUGAAGUGCCCCGAAAACUUUUUGAAGUCUUUGCGUCGGGGUCUCUUUUGUGUUAUUUCCAUCAGCCAGCAGCCCAAUGGUACUUCGCACAGCUUGGCAGCUUUGCAGUUGGAAGGUGUACGACAAAAUGACUUCUACAGGCACCGUGCUGAGAUGUUCAACUGACUCACUGGUUGGCAUUAGUUGAUAUAUUGAUAUUCAUGUAGAUUCUGGGUCAAAAUAGAAGGCGAUGGGACUUUUUGCUGUACUCAUUACCCACUUUUGACCCACACAUCAAUGUCAAUACCUCUGACGGUGGAAGCUUCGCAGCCCCUGCCAUGGUCUCAUGGCCGUGAAUUCAAGGUAUCACCACGUGUCCUCUUGGGUCGAAUUUGUACCUAGCCUAGAGCCUAGUCAUGGCUUAGUUGCACUGUUCAUUUUCGGGAUGCCGCGAGAGUGAGGUGAAGGGUUUCUUUUGAAACCCCAAUGAGCC